AUACAUUUUGAUUUACACGACAGCACAGUUUUCUUUCCUUUCAGCAGCUUUUGGUUUCAUUUACUUUAGGAUAAUUAGUUUUUGAUUAUUAGUUUCGUGCAAUGAGUCUGAUUAACUUUAACCACUAUCAGGACUACGUGGACAGCUUCAUAACCAUCCAGGACACUCGCUACCUGGGCAACAAGGAGAUCCAGAGGAACCUGAUCCAGAAUGCCUGCGGAAAGAAUUGCCUGGGCAAUCUGCUCACCCGCGAGCAGUUCCAGCAGCGCAAGGAGAAGGAGUUGGUCCUUCUGAAGCCAAGGGGCUUACGAGGACUCCAACUUUUCGGCGACUAUUUGAACAACGAAGACGAGGUGCUCCAGCAGUUUGCCAUUCGGGAGAAGAAGCUGCUCGAGAAACAAAUUUCGACCGUCGUCUACCUGAUCAUGCGCUCGAAGAAGGGUCUGGAGGUGUCCAGCUUCCUGGACCUGGAGCAGAGUCUGCGGGAGUCGCGAUGCGAGAAUUCGCUGAGCUACGUGGACUGGCGGGGCAUUUUCGAGGGCAGGACGAAGCUGAGGCCAUCGAAGCUGCAUCUCAGCUACUUCGACUGGCACCAGAAUCGGGUGUCCUUCAACAACAGCGACAACUUCCGGGUGAUGAACCAGAGGGUCCACAGUCUGCUGCUGAAACACAUGGGGGACCACAAAAUAUUCUGCGUGAACGCCUCCUGCGACUGCGUGCACUCGAAAAACGUUAGCAGCAAAACGUAUUUCUCGCCCAUUUAUGGAUACGUCAUAUUCUUCGACCACAUAAUCAGGCGCAUUAAUUAGCGACGGCUUUCAAGUGUCAAUACGCGUAAUCGUGGUUAAAUGAAAUGUGCAAAUAAAACGAAACGAGGGCGCAUUUGUCGCUGACAGCUAACGU